GGAGGAGCGAUAUGGGAUUUUUGAAAGUGGGGAGGGGUUUCAUUGGUGGUUUCAUGUGGGGAAUGAGGGUGGAGGUGGGUCGCAACGAUAACACCAAGGGUUUAGGGGGAUAGUGGUGCACUUUUAGGCCAAGGAAAGGGAGGGGUACGCGCGGCCUGCAGUGGCUGGUGGUGGUGGGGGGGGGUUACGGUGUUCAGGUAGGGGAUAUAAGGGUUUUCUGUUUUUUUUUUUAAAUUAAUUUUUUUUUUAUUUUUUUUGGACCAACUGCUGCUUGACACGUGGCAUAUAACCUGCUAUAACAAGUCAUUGACUUUCGCUGACCGGUUUGGAAUCGAAGAAAAAAAACACCCCCAAAGUUCGGAUUAUUCCAGAAUAAAAGAAAGUUGGGAUUAUUCCACCAAAAUUGAUGAAAGUUAGGAUUAUUUUUUCUAAUUUUUCCUUUUAUUAAUUAUAAUUUGAAGAAAGCUUAGAAAUUAAUUAUAGUGGGAAUUUUAUAAAAAUGGGAGAUAGAAAUAUAACAAACCAAUAUGCUAGAAAAGUGUUGCAAUAAUUAAUUCUUGUUUGAUUUUGUUCAAUUCGUUUUCAUUAUCGUUAUUUGUCAAUUGUAGAUGUCGAAUGACUUUAAUCAAUGAAAAUUAGUGUCGUUUAAGACUUCUUUCAAAAAAAAAAAAUCGUAAUUUUUUAUUUGGGUUAGUGAGCGAUGCGUUUAUGAUAAUUCAAAUAUUUAAUUUUUAUUUGGGCUAUCAAAUUUCACUUAUAUUAUAAGCUCAAAAAUCAGGUUAGGAAUGUUGGAUUAUAGCAAAUCCUGGGUUUUUUCCGAAUUUCUAGAUUGUACGGGUAACAUAAUAUAAAUACAUGUCACGUACCCAAAUCCCAUUUCAUCCACGCACCAAAAAAAAAAAAAAAGUAGAAAAAAAAUAAUGGCAGUUACAAAAGAAGGAGAAAAUAAUUUAGUCUAUGACAUAAAAAUAUCAUCAGUAGUGCCUGGAAAAAUCACAGGAGAAAACAAAACAUAUGAGUUAAAAGGCAUAGAUUUAGCAAUGAAAUUACAUUAUCUUAAGGGUCUUUAUUUCUUCAAUAAUCCCAAUAGUACUAGUGAUAAUGAAGGAAAAAAGACUAGUUUUGUAAGUAUACUUGAUAUUAAAAAAGUUAUGUUUGAUUGGCUUGUAGUUUAUUUCAAGACUUGUGGAAGGAUCCGGGUGUCGUCCUCCGAGACCAGAGAACGAGCAUCGAUCAAGCUCAAUGAUGCCGGUAUAAGGAUCGUCGAGGCUCAAUCUAGUAAGACUGUCGAAGAGUGGCUUGCUUUGGAGGGGUUCCUCUCUUUGCAGGAUCAACUUGUGUACAAUGAUGAUGGUCUUGGUCCUGACUUGCCCUUCUCCCCUCUUGUUUGCUUUCAGGUAACUUGGUUCAAAUGUGGAGGAAUUUCAGUCGGUCUAAGUUGGGCUCACGUACUUGGUGAUGCAUUCUCAGCUGUAGAAUUCAUGAACACAUUGGGCCAUUAUAUUCAAAUUCAAGAUAGUAACAAACAAAAACCAAAUUUAAUUUCCCUUCAAGAUCCUCCACAAUCCGAAUACCCGCUUUCGAAAUCCACCCGAGAGCCUGUUUCCGUGAAACGGGUUGACCCGGUUGGUAGCCAUUGGGUCCUUCCUUACCAUAGUAAAAUAGGUGUCCACACUAUUCAUCUAAAUUUAAACCAACUUGGUCAAUUGCAUUCAAUGGUACAUGGUACCAAAAUGAAUGACAAUUGUACUAGCCAAUUUUUUGAGGUUAUUACAUCAAUUAUGUGGAAAUCCAUUGCAAAGAUUAGGAAGGAUUUGGAGACAAAUGUUGUGACUAUUUGUAGGCCAAAAUCAUUCAAAAGACAAGGAAUAGUACCUCAUAACGGGCAAGUAUUAGGUGUUGUUGAGGCGAAUUUUGUAGUAUCAAAUGUUGCUCCGUUAAAAUUGGUACAUUCGAUAAUUGAAGGUGUGAUUGAUGAGAGUGACGUGGUUGAAGAAUUAGUGAACAAAGAGACGGGUGAGUCUGAUUUUUUUGUUUACGGGGCAAACCUAACAUUUGUUGACGUAGAAAAAGCUGAUGUUUAUGGUUUUGAAAUGAAAGGAAAUAAUCCAAGGUUUGCUAGCUAUAGUAUUGGUGAAAUAGGGGAUAAAGGAGUCGUUUUGGUACUUCCAGGACCUAAAGAUGGCAAACUUAUUGUGGUACAACUUCCGGAAGAUGAAAUUGAACCUUUAAAAAGUGAGUUGAAGGAAGAAUGGUGCAUUUAAUAAUUGUUUCAUCAUUUAAUUUCAAAAUAAUUUAUGUAUGUUGUCUUAAUAUAUAAGCGUGAAGUAGAAUGUAAAGUUAUUAUUCACGGAUUAUGCCUAAGCUAGAAUUGAAAUGUGGUUGUAAAAAAAGUGGUGCACCAAGCCACUGAAUAAUACCCUUAUCUUAUUGCUUGCUGGCUUCACAAUAGCAAUUAAGGGGAUGUGACUUGAUCUUUCUUGUAUUAUUGACUUAUUGUUAUAUUAUAUGAUUUAUAUCAUAUGUUAUGUACCAGUGAGACGACGAAAUAAACUAUAUUUGGUUUAA